AGAAGGAUGUCCCCUAUCAAUAACACUGCUUCACACCCCUCUGCCUUCCUUCUGCUGGGCAUUCCUGGCCUGGAAGCUUUUCACAUCUGGAUAGCUUUCCCUUUCUUUGUGCUUUACCUGAUAGCACUUGUAGGGAAUUUUAUAAUCCUCUGUGUGAUCAAGAGUGAGCAGAGUCUUCAUCAGCCCAUGUUCUACUUCCUUGCCCUCCUCUCUUUCAUCGAUCUUGGCCUCUCCACUUCUACCAUUCCCAAGAUGCUGGGUAUCUUCUGGUUCAGCCUUAAAGGGAUAAGCUUUGAAAGUUGCCUCAUCCAAAUGUUCUUCAUCCAUACCUACACAGGCAUGGAAUCUGUUGUACUCCUGGCUAUGGCAAUUGACCGUUUUAUUGCCAUCUGUUACCCACUUAGAUAUUCCUCUAUUCUCACCAAUAAGGUGGUAGCUAUCAUGGCUUCUGUUGUAGUAGGGAGGCCUGUCCUUCUUGUCACUCCUUUCUGCCCACUCCUUAAGCGACUGCCCUUUUGCGGACACUACAUUAUUCCUCAUACCUACUGUGAACACAUGGGAAUAGCUCGUCUAGCUUGUGCCAGCAUAAGGAUAAACAUCAUCUAUGGCUUAUUUACCAUUGCUGCUCUGAUCUUGGAUUUAAUUCUCAUUGCUCUCUCCUACAUUUGGAUCCUAAAGGCUGUUUUUCACCUUCCUUCUAGGGAUGCCAGACACAAAGCCCUUAGUACAUGUGGUUCUCAUGUCUGUGUCAUUUUGGCCUUUUAUACACCAGCAUUUUUCUCUUUUAUGACCCAUCGAUUUGGUAGAAAUAUUCCUCGCUACAUUCACAUCCUUUUGGCCAAUCUCUAUGUGGUUGUCCCUCCAUGUUUAAAUCCGGUUAUUUAUGGAGUGAGAACGAAACAAAUUAGAGAGGGUGUCAUGAAAAUAUUUGUAAAGAAAGAGUAA